AUGUCCAGCUGUCAAAUCUACCGUAAAUGCUUCUUCACGCUCGAACCAGUGGGAUUUUCCGGCGUGGGUUUGUCCAAGGCACCACAGGGCGUCCCAUCUCACCAGAUCUCCUACCUUACCACCUUCUAUGCCCUCGACCUCUCACCUCCAACUCACAACAUCCCUCCCCCUAACCCAAACUUUCGUUGUUUCCCUAUGGAGCAAUCCCACCAGCAAGAGCGCCCACAGGCGGCCUCGGAGAACAGGGACAGGGUCAUCGCGGAUACCGAAGAAGCGGUUCGGAAAAAGUUCGAGAGACUUCACAACCACUGGGGAAACUCGUCAUUCCCCUCUUCUCUGGAAGCCAACGAUGAGGGGUACUACACGACUGAUGACGGCGUCUUCAUCUUCCGAAUCGAGAUGUUCGACGAGCUAGUCCGUCAGAUGCUCGCUGGAUUCGGUCAUACCGAUUACGUUGUCUGGGGCUCUCAGCGAUUGCCUAUCGAAACAAACAAUGCGAUCAAGGCAAAGGAAGCAGAAAUGGCCUUCGUCAACCAGCAGACCAGUCGCGACAGAACCGGAGACAGAGCCGAAUACUGCGCUUUCGUUCUUAUUAGAGUGGACCCCGCGCUCUACAUGAAGUCGGACGCCGCUACUGCAAACGAUGGUUUCGAACAUGAUGAGCAGGAGAUUGCAGCCCACACGGCGGCGGUAGUACAUACCGCCCAGAAACAGCUGGAGCGGGAGCGUGAGGAGUUUCAGAAGAAGAUCGAGGAGCAUGCUCAGGAAAAGGCGAGACUUGAAAAGCUCGUCGUGAAGCAAGCCCUGUUACUCGUGGAUCUAGAGCAAGAGUUCGCGAUGCUCAGAGCCUCUUCGCGUAUCUAG